AUGACAGUCACUCCUGAUCCCACCUCGAACGCGGAAACGCCAACGCCGACCGAGAUGCCGGCUCUGAUCCCCGGUCCCAGCGCCUUCCACGAGAGCUCCCAGUUCCGGCAUUGGCGAUAUUCUAAAGAUCAGCUCUACAAUCUGCGUCACGAGUUGAACGAGAAGAGUCGAGAGGUGACAGAGCGAAACAUGAAGGCUGAGCGAGAGUCUUUAGGUGCCGACGGGCCUUCCCCGCCGCCGCCAACGACGUACCCAAGUGUAGAGGAGGAGUUGAAGCUAGUCAACUUCUACUGUGACCAGGCGUCCAAGAUCUGUCGACAAGGUUUCGGCGUGCCGGAGUACGUUGAAUCGACAACGAUCAGCUAUAUCAAGCGCUUCUACCUGAAGAACUCGGUCAUGGAGUGGCACCCGAAGAACAUAAUGCCCACCUGUCUCUUCCUCGCAGCGAAGACGACAAAUCACCCGAUCCCGAUUGAGGUCUUCGUGCCGAAGUUCAAGAACUUCAAGUCAACCGACAUUCUCGAGAUCGAGUUCGUGAUCGCGCAGUCGCUCGCGUUCGAGUUCUGGACGCACGGCGCCGAGCGCUCGCUGCGCGGCUGGUUCCUCGAGUUCCAGAACAAGCCCGCUAACAUUGACAUUCUGCAGCGCAAUCUCCCCUCCGCCCUGGACUGGUUGUCCCGCUCGCGCCUGACCGACGCUGAGUUCAUCUGGAGCCCGAGCCAGAUCGGCCUCGCGUGCUGGCGACUCACGGCUGAGAGUGUCGUGGACGAGUUCCUGGAUGAGAAGUACGCGAACUGGACACCGCCCGACGGAUAUGACGACGAGGACGGACCGAUGGCGUACCCGUACGGUAUCCCUCUGCCCCGGCUACGCGCCAUCAUCCGCGACAUUCAGGACCUCAUCCGAUCUACGCCGCCGCUGGAGCAGAAGCAGAUCAAGGAAAUCGACAAGCGGCUAAAGAAUUGCAUCAACCCCGAGCGCGUCCCGGGUACAGCAUUGUACAUCAAGCGGAAAGCUGAGCUUGAGGCUAAGGCCGCCGAGGCCAAGGCGAUCAAGACUGCGAAGGCGAAGGAGGCGAUGGAGAAGGAUGAGCUCGUCUUUGGUGGACCGGUGAAGCCAGCAGACGACGACCCCUUUGGACCGCCGCUGCCGAAGAAAGAAUCCGCAUAG